UCAAGCGUCUACUGACGAGCGACAUCUACCAAACGCUUAUUACAUUUUUUAAUGAAAUAAUCAAUCAACAGCUGAUCGAUGUGUCAAAAUCAUGGGUGCAGGUGAAAGCAAAAAAGGGGCCGAUAUUUUGCAACUUUUUAGUCCGGAGGAGCAGCAACAUAUACAUAAAUUAUUUCUCCACAUUGUUCCAAAUCAGUCAAUCACAGAACCAUUUCUGAAGAAAUAUAUAAAUAAUUUGUUUGAUCUGGACUCUGAAGUAUUUCAUGCUAUAUGCCACUGUCGUGUGAAUGAGGGUCAUAUAAAGGACAAGCAUGUGACAGAAAUACAGUUUUCUGGGUUUCUCGCUCAGUGUCUCAAAGGAACAUAUUCAGAAAAGGCAGAUAUCAUAUGCUUGCUGAGUGGAAGAGAUGCUGGUUUUGUGCCAGUGAAAAAAUUAUAUCAGACAGUACACAGUGUAGUCAAGAGUUAUUUACAGAUAAGUAAGAGUGAUGCCCCUUGUGCCACUUGGAAAUCACAUGCCACUGAAGAAGACAUUGCAAGACUGUCAUCUUCAUUUCUGUCAUUGAACAAAUUCUGUGAAGUUGGCAGGGGAGGAGAACAGACUAGCCAGAAUGAAGUUGAUGUGAGAGGAGGUUAUAAAAGCCAAGAUGAAGUUGAAGACUGGAUCUCGAAGUGCCACAUGUUCCUCAAAAUGUUUGACAGAGUAUUCUACCAUUUAUUUCCUGUGAUAUCAAAAGACAGUGCACAUAACAUAACACAAUCAUUCAUGCCAACAGCAUCCUGUGUGGACUGGAAGAAGACAAACACAAUUUUAGAUACAUUAUCAAUCAGUUAUAUAAACUACCAUCUUCCCAGAGAACAUCAGUCAGUAUGGCGGCUACUCUAUAGUAACUGUCUCCAUGGUGACAGUUUUGCCCAGUUAACACGCUAUGUUCUGGGAAAGGGACCAAAUGUGUUGCUAGUCAAAGAUAAAGAUGGAUAUGUUUUUGGAGCAUAUGUGUCGGACAGCUGGGAAAUCAAACCAUCAUUCUAUGGUAGUGAAGAUUGUUUUCUAUUUUCUCUGAAGCCUGAGUAUGGUGUCUAUACAGUGACUGGUUACAAUUCAAACUAUAUUUACUUCAACCAGGGACAGGAAACCAUGCCAAAUGGUUUGGGACUUGGUGGCCAGUUGAAUUAUUUUGGGCUGUGGAUAGAUUAUACAUUUAACAGUGGCCACAGUAAAGCUGUCCCAAAAUGUACAACUUAUGGAAGUCCACAACUGUCAAAAAGCCCAGAAUUUGUUGUAGACAGUAUUGAAGUAUGGGCUGUUGGUCCAGAGAAGAAGAAACAUGAUUUAGAUGAAGAUGAGGAAGAAAAGGUGAGCAUUCUGGAUAAAGAUGUUGGAGCUAAAGCGAUACUGGAACUUGCAGGUAGAAAACAACAUUCAGAGGGCAUCAGAGAACUGGAGGAGGAGGAAGCACCAAUGACAGAAGAAAUGAAAAAGAAAAUGAACACCAUUCCAAAAAUGAUGUAGAUAUAAUCAACAGCAUUCAGAAAUAAUUAACUGACAACAUGGAAGCUUAUAACCAGAACAUAACUAUGCA